GAGAUUUUAUUGGCAGAACUGCAGUUGACUGCAACUAAUAAAGACAGUACUGCGGUUUGAAAGUAGAAUCGUGAUUAAAAAAAUAUUUAUGACUUCUGACUUCAUUUUAUAAGUAUCGUCAUCUUUAUGAAGUUGUUUGCGAUAUUACGAAAUUACUUUUUUAAUUUAAUUUACACAGCUAAACCAAGCUACCAAAUCGCCGAAAUUUGAGAGUCGUUCGCCGCAGAAGGAAAGUUUUUGUAAAGUGUCAUGUACGUGGCCGAGUUUUUGUCCUACGUUGCUAGCAUGCAGCAAGCGUUGUUCACAAUAUCCCAGCUGCAGCUGACUGCUUACCGCUAUCCUCCUCAAGGGACUGUAUAUAAUGGAGCGUCGUUUGACUUCGUGAUCGUGGGCGCGGGCUCGGCAGGCAGCGUGCUGGCCAAUAGGCUCACAGAGGACCCGAGGGUGACGGUGCUGCUGAUAGAAGCUGGUCCUGACCCACCCAUUGAGUGCAAUAUUCCAGGACUGAUGAUUUAUGCUGAAUCGUCAUAUCUGAACUGGAAUCAUGAAACUGAACCAGAUGAUCAUGCGUAUCAAUGCUUGCGGAAUCACAAGUACCCCGUAGAUCAUGGCAAAGUCUUAGGAGGAAGUAGUAGUAUCAACGGCAUGUAUUAUGUACGGGGAGUUCCUGAAAACUACGACUCAUGGGCCGCAAUCACCAAAGAUGCUUCGUGGAACUACGCAAAUGUGCUCCCAUAUUUCAAAAAAAGCGAACGUCUGGAAGAUCCAGCAAUAUUACAUUCACGUUAUCGAAAAUAUCACGGAACUGAUGGUUACAUGAAAAUCACCAAAGUAAUGAACAGUGAAAUGAAACAUUUCAAGGAUGUGUUUAAGGAAAUUGGCUACAAAUUAUUCCCUGAUAUAAAUGGUGAUCAGUAUAUUGGAUUUUCUGAACAAUUAGUAACGCUUGCUGAUGGUCUACGGCAAAGUACAGCUAACGCUUUCCUAUCUCCAAUAAAACACCGUCCAAAUCUACAUGUUUUGAAAAAUACUUUUGCAACAAGAGUUAUUAUAGACAAUUAUAAAGCUACAGGUGUGGUAGUAACUGACAACAAUAAUAAAACUUUGACAGUCAAAGCAAACAAAGAAGUCAUAUUAUCAGCAGGGGCUAUAAACACACCACAACUACUUAUUUUAUCCGGUAUUGGUCCAAAAGAACAUUUAGAGAGAUUUAAAAUGACCGUGAUAGCAGAUCUUCCUGUAGGAUAUAGUCUGCAAAAUCAUCAAUAUAUAUUUUUGGCUAUCAAAAUGCCGAGUGCAGAAACGACGCCUAAAACUGUAAAUCCUUACGUCUAUAACUCAUUAUUGGCCACAGGGUACCUGACAAAAAAUGGAAGUUCUCCUGAUUACCAAGCAGCGUUGCAAGUAGUAGACGCUGCUGGAUUUACUGCAAACCUUGUGGUAUUUAAUUUUGAUAACAAAACUUGUGAAUAUUUCUAUAAUGAGCUAAAAGAUAAAAAAGUUUUAAAUAUAGCAGUGGCAAGUUUUAAAUUUAAAACUCGUGGAAGAGUUUCACUAAAAAGUUUGGACCCGAGAGAGAGUCCUUUAAUUACUUUGAAGCCAUUUUUGGAAGAAAGUGAUUUAGAAGAUGCGAUCAGGAACGUAGAAGACAUCGUUAGGAUUGUUAAUACGACUUAUAUGAAGAAUAUUGGUGCGGAGUUAGUAACAUUACCUAGCUGUGAGGACUUUGUAGUGGGAAGUAAAGAGUAUUGGAAGUGUUACGUGCAAUGUAUGGUCAGUUCUGGGUACCACUUUGUGGGGACCAGUGCUAUGGGCUCCGUGGUGGACAGCCGGCUGCGCGUGCGCGGCGUGGAGAAGCUGCGCGUGGUGGACGCCAGCGUCAUGCCCACCAUCACCAGUGGGAACACGAAUGCGCCCACUAUAAUGAUUGCGGAGAAAGCCGCUGAUAUGAUCAAAGAAGACAAUAAUAUGCGUGUUUGUAGGAGGGUGUAAAGUUAACAAGUUUAAUACAAAUUAUUGUCUCUAUCAUUUUG